AUACGCCAGAAUGGAAACCCUGCGAGACCUGGCGACGAAUCCCGCGCACACGAAAUGGAUAUAUCCACUCCUUCUUGUUGCAGACGCCGCGUUGUGCGGGCUGAUUAUCGAAUUUGUGCCGUACACAGAAAUCGACUGGAAAGCCUACAUGGAGCAGAUAGCCAUCUACAACAAGGGCGAAAGAGAUUAUAAGCUUAUUGAGGGCGGCACAGGGCCGCUGGUGUAUCCCGGCGCGCACGUCUUAAUCUACCGCGUGCUGUACUGGCUGACCGACAAGGGGACCAACAUCCAGCUCGCGCAGUACAUCUUCGCGCUGGUGUAUCUGCUCACGCUGGCGGUGGUGCUGCAGUGCUACCGCAAUGCGAAGGUCCCGCCGUAUGUGUUCCCGCUGCUGAUCCUGUCGAAGCGGCUGCACAGUAUCUUUGUGCUGCGGUGCUUUAAUGACUGUUUUGCGGUGCUGGGGCUAUUCGCAGCGAUUUAUUGCUACCAGACUAAGAACUGGCAUCUGGGCAGCUUUUUCUACACCACGGGAUUGAAUGUGAAGAUGAGCCUGCUGCUGCCGUUGCCGGCGAUGGGGAUUAUCUUUCUGCAGGCGCUGGGGUCGACGGAGGCUAUCACGCAGGCUAUGAUCGUUGUGCAGGUCACGGUUGCAUACGGCUACCCCUUCCGCAAAAGAGCGCCGUCUUAUUUCGCCAGGGCCUUUGAACUAACCCGCCAGUUCCUGUACAAAUGGACUGUCAACUGGCGUUUUGUCCCUGAGUCUACCUUUCUCUCUAGGCCGUUUGCCCUUGGUCUGCUUGCGGUGCACGUGGGCCUCUUGUACUGGUUUGCCCGCACCAUCUGGAUGAAGCCCUCCAGACGCGGACCGCGUGCGUUCCUGCGUAUGAUCCGGGACGAGCCUCGCGACCAGGAUCAGAUUGCCCGAAGGAUCACGCCCAACUUUAUUAUGACAACCAUGCUUUCCGCGGUGGCUAUCGGCAUGCUCUGCGCUCGCUCCCUGCACUACCAGUUCUAUGCUUAUCUCGCAUGGACAACGCCCUUCCUCCUGUGGAAAGCAGGAUUCCAUCCCGUCGUACAGUAUGUGCUGUGGGGCGCGCAAGAGUGGGCGUGGAACGUGUAUCCCAGCACGCCGCUGUCCUCGGCGACAGUGGUAGGCGUACUCGCGACAACGAUCGUGGGCGUAUGGUGGGGCACUCGUUCCGAGCUCGAAGCAGUGGAGGCGAACGGCAAGCCCGUCGAGCAUGCCCACGCAGAGUAACAUGGCAUUGCGACCUACUCCUCGUCAGAAUCCGACGGCGGCAGCUUUCCC